AGUCUUAAAACCGAGUUUGGUGGAAGAAAAAGAAAGAGAAAGAUCCAUUCCCAUGUGCACGUUGAAAAGUCUAUCCUUGUUAGCCACGACGAGUCAAACUGGGAUGGCAGUCAGAUUUCAGCUUCCACCCCAAUCAAACUCAUAUUAGAUACGUAUAAAAAACACAGAUUUUGCUUUUUGUUUCUGUCAACAUCACAUCUCUUUCUUCCAACCUUGGAUUUUGAGGAUCAUUGAGUCCUUGGAGCUUGGUUUCGAUCUUGAAGGGUGAAUCACACAAGUUUUGAGCUUUUGACUUAGUUGAAGAAAUGGCUGGAGGGAGAAGGAGGAGGCACCACUUCAGCAGAAUUCAUGCAUUCACAUGUGGGAGAGCUUCCAUGAGAGAGGAGCAUUCACUAAUAGGAGGCCCUGGCUUCUCAAGGAAAGUCUAUUGCAAUGACCCUGAACGUGCCAUGGAGAGUCUUCUCAGUUAUGGAGACAAUUAUGUCAGAACAACUAAGUACACAUUGGCCACGUUCAUCCCCAAGUCCUUGUUUGAGCAAUUCAGGAGGGUUGCCAAUUUCUACUUCCUCGUUUGUGCAGUUUUGUCUUUCUUUCCGGUCUCUCCUUACUCAGGCGUCAGUAAUGUUGUUCCUCUACUGGUUGUGGUUGCUGCCACGAUGGUCAAAGAGUUCAUUGAGGAUUUUAGGAGGAAACAACAGGAUAUAGAGAUGAAUAACAGAAAAGUUAAAGUGCAUCGUGGAGAUGGUGUUUUUGACAUUUCUAAAUGGAGGGAUUUGAAAGUUGGCGAUGUAGUGAGGGUGGAAAAAGAUGAAUUUUUUCCUGCUGAUCUCAUCUUACUUGCAUCAAACUAUGAUGAUGCAAUUUGCUAUGUUGAGACCAUGAAUCUUGAUGGAGAGACAAAUCUGAAACUGAAACAAGCACUGGAAGGAAGUUCAAUGUUGCAAGAAGACUCGAACUAUCAAAAUUUCAGGGCUGUCAUCACAUGUGAAGAUCCAAAUGCAAAUUUGUACACAUUUGUUGGUAGUCUGGAUCUUGAGGAUCAGCAAUAUCCUCUUGCACCUCAGCAGCUACUGCUUAGGGAUUCUAAGCUGAGGAACACAGAUUUUAUUUAUGGAGUGGUAAUCUUUACCGGACAUGAUACAAAGGUUAUGCAGAAUGCAACAGAUCCUCCAUCCAAGAGAAGCAAAAUUGAGAAAAGGAUGGAUAAGAUUAUCUACUGCCUGUUCGUUGUACUUAUUUUGAUUUCUUUCAUUGGGUCCAUAUUCUUUGGGCUUAUGACAGAUGAUGACCUUGAAAAUGGAAGAAUGAAGAGAUGGUACCUUAGGCCAGAUAAUACCGAAAUUUACUAUGAUCCAAAUAGCCCAGUAGUUGCGGCAAUUCUGCAUUUCUUGACAGCACUUAUGUUGUAUGGUUACUUGAUUCCAAUUUCCUUGUAUGUAUCCAUAGAAAUUGUAAAGGUUCUGCAAAGCAUUUUCAUCAACCAGGAUGUGCACAUGUAUUAUGCGGAAACUGACAAGCCAGCACAUGCUCGUACAUCAAAUUUGAAUGAAGAACUUGGCCAAGUUGAUACCAUACUUUCAGAUAAGACUGGAACUUUGACUUGCAACUCUAUGGAAUUUAUCAAGUGUUCUAUUGCUGGGGUUGCUUAUGGACGAGGAGCUACAGAAGUUGAGAGAGCUCUAUCUAGGAGACAGGAAACACCUUUUAGUCAAGAGUUUAAAGAAAGAAUUAGUGAAUCAAAGCCAUCCAUUAAAGGGUUUAACUUUAAGGAUGAAAGGAUCAUGAAUGGAAAUUGGGCCAAAGAACCCAAUGCCAAUGUAAUCCAGAACUUCUUACGGUUGCUGGCUGUAUGCCAUACUGCAAUACCUGAAAUUGAUGAAGAAACUGGUAAGGUUUCAUAUGAAGCUGAAUCACCGGAUGAGGCAGCUUUUGUGAUUGCAGCCAGGGAACUCGGAUUUGAAUUUUAUGAAAGGACACAUACAACUAUUUCAUUGCGUGAAUUAGACCCCAUGUCUGGCAACAAAAUUGAAAGAUCCUACAAACUUUUGAAUAUAUUAGAGUUCAGUAGUGCAAGAAAGCGGAUGUCUGUGAUUGUAAGAGAUGAGGAGGGUAAAUUACUACUACUUAGCAAAGGUGCUGACAGUGUAAUGUUUGAAAGAAUUGCAAAGAAUGGAAGGGAAUUUGAAGAGUACACAAAACAGCACAUUAGUGAAUAUGCUGAUUCUGGUUUGAGGACCUUGAUACUUGCAUAUCGUGAACUCAACGAGGAAGAGUACAAUCAGUUUAAUAAAGAGUUUACAGAGGCCAAGAACUUGGUGAGUGCAGACCAGGAGCAGAUUGUUGAGAGAAUAAUACAAAGUAUUGAGAAAGAUUUAAUUCUUCUUGGUGCUACUGCAGUUGAAGACAAACUACAAGACGGGGUUCCUGAAUGUAUUGACAAACUAGCACAGGCUGGGAUUAAGCUAUGGGUUUUAACUGGUGAUAAAAUGGAGACAGCAAUUAAUAUUGGAUUUGCUUGUAGUUUACUCAGACAAGGAAUGAAACAAAUUAUAAUUAGCUCAGAUACUCCAGAAACAAAAUCAUUGGAGAAAAUGGAGGACAAGUCUGCUGCUGAAGUGGCAAUUAAGUCAAGUGUUAUUCGUCAACUAAGGGAGGCAAAGACAUUGCUUACUACAUCAGACGAAAACUUUGAGGCUUUAGCCCUGAUCAUUGAUGGGAAGUCUCUUACUUAUGCACUAGAAGAUGAUGUAAAGGAUUCGUUUCUUGAACUUGCCAUUGGUUGUGCAUCUGUUAUCUGCUGUCGUUCAUCUCCCAAGCAGAAAGCACUUGUUACCAGAUUGGUAAAGAUGAGAACUGGUAGUACAACUCUAGCUAUUGGAGAUGGGGCAAAUGAUGUUGGAAUGCUCCAAGAAGCAGACAUUGGAAUUGGUAUCAGUGGUGUUGAAGGAAUGCAGGCAGUUAUGUCAAGUGAUAUUGCAAUAGCCCAAUUUCGGUAUCUAGAGCGCUUACUACUUGUGCAUGGACAUUGGUGUUACAGAAGGAUCUCAUCAAUGAUUUGCUACUUCUUUUACAAGAAUAUUGCCUUCGGCUUCACUCUUUUCUUCUUCGAGUUGUAUGCCUCAUUCUCUGGGCAAGCUGCAUACAACGACUGGUUCUUGUCACUAUACAAUGUAUUCUUCACUUCACUUCCUGUAAUUGCAUUGGGUGUGUUUGAUCAGGAUGUGUCUUCUAAGCACUGUCUCAGGUUUCCAUUAUUAUAUCAAGAAGGCAUCCAAAACAUCCUAUUUAGCUGGAAACGAAUCAUAGGUUGGGCACUGAAUGGAGUUGUGACUUCUGCCAUCAUAUUCUUCUUUUGCAUCCGUACUAUGGAACACCAGGCAUUCCGAAAAGGCGGUCAAGUCGUGGGGCUGGAAGUUCUUGGUGCCACCAUGUACACCUGUGUUGUGUGGGUGGUGAAUUGCCAAAUGGCAUUAUCUAUCAGUUACUUCACUUACAUACAACAUAUAUUCAUCUGGGGUAGCAUCAUAUUCUGGUAUAUAUUCCUCCUGGCAUAUGGAGCCAUAGACCCAUCCUUCUCAACCACUGCCUAUAAGGUCUUCAUUGAAGCUCUUGCACCAGCCCCAUCUUUCUGGUUCAUCACUUUGCUCAUUCUCAUUGCUUCCCUCCUUCCAUAUUUCGUCUACGCUUCCAUCCAAAUGCGCUUCUUCCCCAUGUAUCAUCAAAUGAUACAGUGGAUAAGAAAAGAUGGGCAAACAAGUGAUCCAGAAUACUGUGAUAUGGUAAGGCAGCGAUCAAUAAGACACACAACAGUUGGAACCACAGCUCGUUUGGAAGCGUCCAAACGACUUGAAGCAUCCAAAAGACUUGAAAUAUCCGUCCAUUCUUCAGCAUCCAAAAGAAUUGAGCUAUCCAAUUUUGCUGCAUCCAAACGUUCUGAAGGGAAUUCUGAGGACCGAUAACCAUAAUUAUUUUGUUGUUUGAUGUCAAAUUCAUUAGUUCAAACGAGGUGUAAAUUUUUUCUUAGGUUUCAAACCUUGUACAUAUUUAAGGAAAAGGGGCGUUUUCCAUACGUGCGUGACAAGAAUCCCCAAACAAAGCAAAAUAAAGCAACCUAUUCGUUGGUAUUUUUUGUUCAGAAGAUGAUGAUAAAAUUUGGGUUGCUUCAAGAGUCAAAAAUAUUGUACCAAGGUAUAUGAUUUCUGUAGGAUAGAAGAAUACAUUAAUUCAUUCAUUCUUUCAUAAUCAUCAAUAUUUUUCCUUA